AUGGUUGUGACAGGGAAGAUGCAAGGCUUGAAGCCAACACGGAGCCCUGGAAGGAGAGUGCAAAGGGCUGUGGCCCGGUCACCUCCCUCCUCCGCCCUGGCACGUCCUCCCAGCUCAGCAGUCAAUUGGCAGUUUUCCCAGUACCGGGCCUGCACAGCCAGCCUCUUUUGGGGACCUCUGAACCUGCUGGGUCACUUAGGCCUUCCAGGGCUCCCUGAAGAAAGGCCUACCCAGGGGCACGCGCCCACCAACAUUAGGGAAGGAUGGGCCCAGUUACAGGCGCCUCAUGACCACCUCCACCCCCAACCGGAGGCCUGGGAGCCAGCCCGCCCUGCUUUUCUGCCCCCCACCUCGAAGCAGCUCCUGUUACGAGCCCUAUUCCCCACCUGCCUCACCUGAAAGGCAGCCAGGGCCCGAGGGACUGGUGAGCCCUCCCAGGGAGAGCUAAGGGCCUCCUCCCUGCGUCUCCACCCAGGAAGCAUCACCAUGGCAACCCCAGCAGCAAACAGUGCUGGCAAGAAGGUCUUCCCUACAAAGCUGCCCCUCCUGCAGGGAAGCCCAGGAAAAUGGCCAGCAACCGGCAGAGAUCCCUGGGGGCAGCGUGACCGCCCCGCAUCAGAGAACCUUUUCUGAAGAUGGUCCACGCCCAUGAGACCCUCCCGACGCCCCACACGUGGGCUCAACGCGAGUUCGUCCUCCCCAGGGAGUCCUCAGAGCUGCCCGGCCUCACCUGGCAAACCUACCACCAGCUGGCCCUGAAGCUGCCACCCUGUGUGGAAAUGAAGGCCAAGGUGCGUCAUCGACUGGCCUGCCCCUGGAAGGAUGCGGCCCAGCACACCUGGGGCUUCCACACGUGGCUGCAUGUGGGACGUCUGCCGGCCACCUUCCCUGCCAGGCCUGACAGGCCCUAUGACAGCAAUGUCUGGCACUGGUUGACGGAUUCCAGGGCCCACCCACCCCCGGCAGAGCCCCCGGUGCCCCCUCCGUCCUGGAUGGGUCAAAACAGCUUUCUGACCUUCAUCUCCUGUGCUCCUCUCUUUCUGGACGCACAGAGGAGGCACCAGGUGAUUCUCAGGACAGUGAAGGAGCUGAGAGAGGUGGGGAAGCUCACGCUGAGGAGUGAGGUCAGGGCACCCCUGCUCGAUGCCAACGGCAAUGUCCUGCCCCCGAAGAACUUCAAGAAGUAAGAGGAGCUCCCUCCUCGGGGAGCCCACCCAACCCACCCGUGCCCAGGGGACCCCUCCCUCUUUCCGAUUCCUGUUUCUGACAUCUUACCGUCCCUCCUCUGGUCACCUGAAAACUCAACUCUGUCCAAACAUAGCUGGAGGGACCAGGUGGAGGCCAGGGAAUGACAGCCAGGGGCGGGGCUUGAUUACUUAACGAAAAUGUAGGGGAGACAGCUGUGUAUUGAUACUUGAUGCCUGCCAGGACCCAGGGAUACAGAGAAAUGUCAUUCAGUCCCUGCCCUCAAGGAGCUUCUGAAAGGCAGGUACCAACACACGUGCAUGGAAAGACAGCUCUCAACACCAGCCCGCGUGUGCCAAGUACCCAAAGCGUGAGACAGACAACGGGUGUUGU